AGGGAGGUUUCUGUAAUUAUUGAAACAUAGGGAGGUAUCUCUUGGAAUUGUCAUUAAGGAGGUUUAUUUAAUCUCUCUCGGCCUCGCCCUAAGGUAUCUGCUGUUGCUCACAGGAUAUUGUAGAUCGAUAAUCUCGUCGUCAGACUCAAAGAUCCGAUAUACUUUCUUCUACGUCUUGAACGAGUAUGCAGAAUCAGGAAGGGAAUGCAGUAGAUGCAGACACGGUGACCUUGACAUCCAUUCAAACAUCUGAAAUUGAUGAAUGGGAAAAUUUCAAGGAUGAUGAUAUUAUGCUGCAGCAAUCUGCCAUCCAGGCUGAGGAAGCCGAGAAAAUUCCAUUUGUUGGUGAUAAGGAACCUCUUUCAUCAUUAGCUGUUGAGUACAAAUCGGGAAAUGCCAUUUUACUGGAGAAAAUCGAGGUGCUGAUCAAGCAAUAUGCUGCCAUCAGGCGAACUCGAGGAGAUGGGAAUUGUUUCUUUCGCAGCUUCAUGUUUGCUUACCUUGAACAUAUUCUGGAAUCGCAAGAUCGAGCAGAAGCUGACCGCAUCACUGUCAGUGUGGAGCAAUGCAGAAAGACACUUCUUAGCUUGGGCUUUGCAGAAUUUACUUUUGAAGAUUUCUUUGCGCUAUUCCUUGAGCAACUUGAAAAUGUUUUUCAGGGGAGUGAAGGUUCUAUAAGCCAUGAUGAACUCGUGCAGAGAAGUAGGGAGCAGUCGCUGUCUGACUAUGUCGUAAUGUUCUUCAGAUUUGUUGCAUCCGGGGAAAUAAGGAAGCGCUCAGAGUUCUAUGAACCAUUUAUACAAGGGUUAACAAAUACCUCAGUGGAACAGUUUUGCAAGUCGAUGGUGGAGCCUAUGGGUGAAGAGAGUGACCAUGUGCAUAUAACAGCCUUGUCCGAAGCACUGGGUGUUCCAAUCCGUGUAGUUUAUCUUGACAGAAGUUCUUGUGACAACGGCAAUGUGAUUGUAAACCAUCACGAUUUCAUUCCUUCUACAAGAGGGGAUCUAACCAAUGGUAACGACGGGGGUUCAGAGACAUUGAAACCGUUUAUUACCAUGCUUUACCGACCUGGUCACUACGACAUCUUGUACCAUAAGUGACUUUUAUUCACAUGCACUCUGUUGUGAUAAGGUUUGUUGAACGAUAUCUUGGAUUAUGGAAACUUUUUUGGCAGUCUUUCAUGAUUGAAUUUUACUUUAUUAGAUUCAA